AUGGAAGGUCCUCAAGAUAAAGAAGUGGUGACCAUCUUGGUGCUGGGAGACCCAGGAUGCGGGAAGUCCACGUUUCUAUCCGCCAUAAAAAACAUCCAAGCAAGACCCAGAGAUGAAACCAAUCACGGGCCAAGGAGGCAAAUGGACCUGCUGCGAGAUAGUGAUCAGCCACUCCUCUUCGACAUCCAUUUCUCAAAGAAGUCGUUUACGCUUGAGCUGUAUGACACCGCAAGCCCGAACCAGCACUGGUCAACCCUGAAGCCGGACGUGGUACUCCUGGCAUUCGACAUCUCGAACCGGGAGACGCUGGAUGGGCUCAAGAAGUGGCGCCACGAUGUGAUACGGUAUUUCCAGCGUGGUAUCGGGGAGCGUAUACCAGUCAUGAUGGUGGGUUUGAAGAGGGACCUUCGAAAAGAGGGCGAGGGCGUCAUCUACCCGCAAGAACCGUACCGCAUUGCGCAAGAGCUACGCUGUGAUCGAUAUGCGGAGUGUUCCGCUGUCACUGGGGAACUUAUGGCUGAGACGUUUGAGGAUCUGGCCAGACUGGCGGGUAUGACAACGACAGAGGCUGGGGCCCAAACCGAGGGAGGCUGCGUGGUCUGCUAG